AUGGGCGGUGCUAUUCUUAUUCGAGUUGUGUCGAAUGAUUGGAAAGCCAUUGAUUAUGGUGGAGUAUAUCACGCCGUGCUCCAGAUGAUUCGUGACGUCAUUGUAGAGAUCCCUGACGAUUCUCUUUUGAAACUUCGAGAACUUUCGAUUCGAUUCGAGAGAAAGAAAAAAGUCGAAUUGAUUCGAAUUAUGAGAAAUGACUUCAUUAGACUAAUAGUAUUAUUAAUGAUGGUGGUCAGAGCCGUUGUGCUAGUUUUAUUGAACGAUGGAAAUUCAGAGUGGUCUCGUUUUCCACGAGCCAGUAAUAAGGAAUUCUCCGAUUCCCUCGAACAAAUGCAAAAGAUCGCCCGUAUUACGAAUGGGAUCUACCUCCAACAAUCCCUUAUCAAAGGAACGAUUCCAUCUGGUGAACUUGUGUCGGAGAUGUUCCAACUUGGCUCCAUUACUCCAUCUGAAGUUGAUGAGAUUGAUACGACAAAGUUGGGAGAAGUGGUGAAGAAGAUUGGUGAUUUACCUGGUCAGUUGAAAGAGACAGACGGAGUUAAGAGUAUCGAGAACCGAUUGCUGUUGCUGAGAUCGAUUGUGGAUUCAUCGAAUGGAGUGAACAAGUUGGAGAAAGUGGAUGACUCGUUUUCGACUGACAUCACCAGUAUGACAAAAGUUGAUGUGGAUUGGAGACCUGUCGGCAAGUAUGCAACGGCUUUGAAUUCCUUAGUCCAGUCGAUAGCUGGAGUAGAAAAGAAUAUUGAAAUAACAGUCGACAAUGCUGAAUUGAUGUUGAAAGCUGUAGAAGAUGCUUGUGAGGAAUUAAAUAGCGAGCUGCUGCCGACUGUCUCCUCAUUGCCCAAACUUGAGAACGUCAGAAAAGCUGAGAAGAUGUUCACAACUUACUCUACACUCCACACUAGCAUGGUGUACUAUGCGAAUAGUUUUGAAAUGCUAAAGUACAACAUGACAACCGACGACACUAACAUUCAACUGGUGGGAGACAAUUUCAAGAGCAUGGGUACGAUGGUUGAAGAUGCUGGCAACAGUAUCAAGGAUUUCAGAACACUUCAACACAUUUUUGGCUACGGAAGUGGGAGCAGAACCUUCAAACAUACUCCAGCGUUUUCCAACGGAGCAUCUGAAUUCAAAUUGGUUUCUGGAGACUUUGGGAACGCUUGGGUCCAACAAGUGAUUGGUUCGGAGCACACACAGUUGGCAACUGCAUUGAAUUCUCUGGAAAGUCUUGCAAAAUUUGGAAAAGACGUGGCUGCUUCGAAUGGAAACUCUAAAACCAUCUCUCAAGUGUUUGGACGUAUCACAGAAGUGUCUAAGAUGAAGGUGCCGUUUAAAUCACUGGCUUCAAGCUUGAAAAAGGUCAUUAUGUCGAAUGAGGUUCCAAAAUAUGUUCCGGGAAAUAUGGACAAGUAUAAGGAACUCUUUGAUAGCGUCUUGUUGUUGUUCCAACAAUUGAAAGCUAUCGACAGGAUGAUAGAAGUUGCUCAAGUUCUUGGGACCAAAGACAGUGCCCCGCAUUUUGAAACUGUUGAGAAGAUUUCUGAUUUAAAGAAGAAUGACAACGCCCUAACCAGAAGUUCCCAACCAACUCUGAAAUCGGAAACAGAAGGUUUCAAGGAAGUACUUAACAUUGGGGACUCAAAGGGGAAUAAAAAGAAACCAUUGGUUGAUCCGGCGAAUUCUAUUCUGAAAAACAAGAACAAGCUGAAAAACUAUUUUGACGACUCCACCAAAUUUCUAAAAGUUUUGAACACAAUAAGAGGUGUCAAAGAAUUUGAGUCAAUUGAUCCAGUUGUUCAGAUGAGGAAGAAACUAAGUGGGCCCACUCAAGGAAAUAAGAUCGACUUCAGUUCAGUGAGUAAGAGUGUGGAUGAGAUGAAGAAACAGAUGAAGGCGUUGAAAGAUUGGAUCGGGAAGAUGAAGGGAUUCGUGAGUGUUGAGACGGACGCAUUGCUUCAGUUGGGUGAUGUCAAGAAGGAUUCGGACACACUUGGAUCAGCUACUCUUGGAGUUAGCAAUAUUAAAAAAGCUGGUGGCAAGAAAAUCGACUUAUCCAAAAUUGAUAGAGUGAUUCCGGCUACGAAGGCAAUAAAAAAGAAGAAAAUAGUGAAACUGACGGCUGACGAGGAUAAGAGUUUGAAAGAACUGGAAACAUUGGAACAGGACUACAAAUCAGUGACUCUUGAUGUGAGCAGUUACAUAGAUUCUGUCAAGACAUCUCAAUCAAACAAACUGGUAGAUCACGUUGAUAUUUUUGAGAAAGCCUCCUCAGUUGAUGGGAUUCAGACCGAUUUCAGCUUCACGAAAUCCGGAAUCGAGAAGUUAAUUGAUGUGGCUGAUUCUGGAGAUCAACAAAAUCUACGUGAUUUCAUUCCAGUUAUCGACCAGCUCGACUCUCUUGGUUUGGACUUUUCCAAACACCAUUCUUACUUCUCUUCUGCCAAAGAGUCUCUCAACUCGAUGGAUCUCACAUUCGCCAAGAUCACUCAACUCUUGACACCCACUACGACACCGACUCCAGUCAUAAAAUCUCCAAGUGGAACACAAUCGAAUCCAUCCAAACCAGGUGGACCAUCUGGAGCACCUGGCAAUCCAUCUCAGUCAGGAAGUCAGUCGGCAUCCGAUAUGGAGAAUACUACAAAAGCGUCGGGAGGAAUACCUUGGUGGGGUAUGGCUAUCAUCAUCUUGUUUGUCUUGGUUUUGAUCAUUCUCUUCAUUAUUUGGGUCUGUCGAAAAAUACCAUGUUGCCGAAAAGACAAAGGAAAAGUGGAUCCAGAGCUGGGACAUGUCAUUCCUCCAAGUCCAGAUGAUAAAGGGACAUCGACUCCAGGUAACAAGACACCGGAUGAUCCUAAACUAAAACCAAUCGCAGGAAAAUCCUCGUCAGUGUCGGGCAGUGCCGAAAAUGUAAACGGUUCAAAAUUGGAAGGAAACAGUAGACCAUCAACGUCAGAUUCUAAGACACCUGCAGGGACACCCUCGUCAGUAUCGGACAGUGCCGAAAAAGUGAACGGUUCGAAAACUUCGUCAGGUUCUAAGACACCAAGUGGUGGUUCGAAGCCAUCAUCUGUGUCGACAAGUUGUGAAACAACAGCUGACGAUAAGAAGACAUCUAAAGAGAAGCCAUUGGUGAAGACGUCAAAAUCAAAAGCUGCCUCAGAUAUUUCGAAAUCAAACAAAAGUGCGAAGUCAGAAAAGAAUAAUGAAUUGGAAACUGAUGAACCAGGGGAAACUGAGUCAACUCUUCCUGUGGUGCCAGUUCGGAUUGUUCAUGCAUUCAUCAGAUCUGAUUUCAUGAAAUUAACAAACAUUUAUGGUAAGAAUAUGGAGGAUCUGGCGAAUUGCUUGCCGACAUUGAAAGGUCUUCAACGUUUCGAACUGGGCAAAAAGCCGUUUGAAACCACAUCAAAUGGAAUAGAGAUAACCACUUUUCUUCAAAUAUUCGAAAUAAAACUGAGUGAUGUCGUUCUGUGGACAUUCGUGGAAGAGCGAAAUAUAGAUUGUGAGAUAGAUCCUUUUUGCCAGUAUAUCAGAGCGAACGAGGGUAGGACAAUUCUGAAAUUUCAUAAAAGGGAUGACAAUUACGGCGAGUUUCUUCCCUUGGAUCUCGAUGAAACGCUUCGAUUUGAAGAGCAUAAACUGACAAUAACUUGUACGCACAUCGAAGAAAAAGAUACGGAUCUUGAGAGACGCACUUUGAAAAUUAAAUUUGACGGUGAAACUGCAUUCGAUGUUUAUUUCGUAUGGCAUCGUGGUAAUCCGAAAUAUGGAUUUUCAAUGAAUCCUAAAACAAUGUUGGAUUUGUGGAAAGAAUUCAGAGCGACACCGAAUCUUACCAUUUUAUCAGGCAUUUAUCAGGCAUCCGCAGCCUGGAUUCUUUUUAUUGAAUUGGCCUUUCGUAAAGCGAGCAGCACGAAUGAAGUUUCUGAACUGUCUUCUGACUGGGUCACUACCUUCUUAAAAGAAGUUGUAACCGAUCUGGGAGUCAAGUAUCCGUUGGCUUUUUCAACUGAUAAGUGUAAAAAUAUAUGGUUCGGAAUGCGUUAUUUCAUGAGAGUAUUGUGCGAGCAACACAAGAAGGACCCGAUAGUCAAAAAAUAUAUUGACACAUAUCUUGACCCCGAACUGUUUUCUGAUGAACCCGAGUACUCAAAAUCAACCCAAAUAAGAAGAGAAAAGGGAAAGAAUGGUAAGAUGUUCAAAGAGGCUCGGAAGAAGAGACAUGUGUCAAAAGUGUCAAAAGGAACAAAGAAGAACUCGAAGAAUGGGCCGUUGGAUAAUGAUGUGGAAACGCAGGAAGCGGUGAAUCGGAGCUUGAACUUUGUAAAUGAUUCAUCGGGUGACAAAAGACAGAAAACUAAAGUGAAGAGAAUAAAUGAAAGAAGUAAAGAUAAGAAGAAAGGAGGGAAGAGAAGUGCCCACAAGAAAUAA